AUGUCAAUCGGGACCCCAAAUAACCUUUGGGCACUAGGAGGGGGCCCCUUGCAGCAGCCGGCAGUCGGGGGCCCCUUGCCUCGGUGCCUCUCCCUAGGAAAUUAUGGCAUUAUUGACGGGGCCCAGUCUCACGAACAGCAGCAGCAACAACAGCAGCAGCAACAGCAGCAACUGCAGCAGCAGCAGCAGCAGCAGGAGUCAAGCUUCUGGCUACGUGAUGUAGAUAAGGAAGAAACAGAAUGGGAGAUGCAUUCUCCUGAGGGUUUGCUUAAUGGGGCCCCCGCUGCUUCAAGGGUACCAAUGGGGGCCCCCCCUCCUCCUCAUUGGCUAUCUGCUGUGGAUAACUGCUGUAGGGGGCCCCCACCGCAAUCCAGUACUAUAGAGGAGGGGGCCCCCCUAGGGAGAGAGAGUUGGGUAUCAAUUCUUCUUGAUGAAUCUAUGACAGACAAAGAGGAGACAGAAAAAAGGAAAUGCUCAGAACAAAUGAGGGAUAUGUCCCUCUCAAGCCCCCUUGAUGUUGGGGUGUCUACUAUAGCUAGACCUGCAGCAGAGCCUGCAGCAGCAGCCCAUGUUGGGGGGAUGGGUAUAAAUGGUUCUAUAGGAUCAGCAAGAGCAGGAGCAGCAACAGCAGCAGUACCACCACAACCACCAUCAGCAUCAGCAGCAACAGCAGCAGCAACAACAGCAACAGCAGCAGCAGCAGCAGCAGGAGGACCAAGCCCGUUAAUAGAAGAAGAAGAAGAAGAAGAAGAAGAAGAAGAAGAAUAUAUGUAUGAAUUAGGUAUGGAGAAUUGGUGUAUAAAAGAAGAAAAAAGAGGAAAAAAAAUAAAUAUAAAUAAUGAGGGAAUAAGACUAAGUAUAGGAGGAAGAAUAGGUAUAGGAGAAGAAGAAGGAAUAGGUAUAGAGGAAGGAAUAGAUAUAAUUAAUACAGGAGAAGGAGGGACAGGAACAGGAGGAGGAGGAGACAAAAGUUGUACACUUUGUGGUACUAGUGAAUAUAUGCCUCCAGAGACAUUAUUAAGAAGAGGACAACAUUUCUGUAGUGAUGCUUGGGCAUUCGGUAUUCUUCUUCAUGAGCUUGUUUUCUGGAAGACUCCCUUUUAUAAUGAGGAUCCAGCUGUUAUGUAUGAGAGUAUUCUUCAUAGACCUCUUGUAUUACCUACAGGAACUCCUUCUUCCUUAGAG